AUGAGAAGAAGUGAGGUACUUGCAGAGGAGUCCAUUGUAUGUCUCCAGAAAGCCCUAAAUCACCUUCGAGAAAUAUGGGAAUUGAUUGGGAUUCCAGAGGACCAAAGGUUACAAAGAACUGAGGUUGUAAAGAAGCAUAUCAAGGAUCUUCUGGAUAUGAUGAUUGCUGAAGAAGAGAGCCUGAAGGAAAGGCUUAUCAAAAGCAUAUCCAUCUGCCAAAAAGAGUUGAACACCCUGUGCAGUGAGUUACAUGUUGAGCCAUUUCAGGAAGAAGGAGAAACAACUAUCUUGCAACUAGAAAAAGAUUUGCGCACUCAGGUAGAAUUGAUGCGAAAACAGAAAAAGGAGAGAAAACAGGAACUGAAGCUACUUCAGGAACAAGAUCAAGAAUUGUGUGAAAUUCUUUGCAUGCCCCACUAUGACAUUGACAAUACUUCUGUUCCCACUUUAGAAGAACUGAACCAGUUCAGACAACAUGUGGCAACACUGAGGGAAACAAAGGCAUCUAGGCGUGAAGAGUUUGUCAACAUAAAGAGACAGAUCAUACUGUGUAUGGAAGAAUUAGAUCACACACCGGACACAAGCUUUGAAAGAGAUGUGGUGUGUGAAGAUGAAGAUGCCUUUUGUUUGUCUUUGGAGAAUAUUGCAACACUACAAAAGUUGCUGCGGCAGCUGGAAAUGCAAAAAUCACAAAAUGAAGCAGUGUGUGAGGGACUUCGUGCUCAAAUCCGGGAACUCUGGGACAGAUUGCAGAUACCUGAAGAAGAGAGAGAAGCUGUGGCAAUGGUUAUGACUGGGUCAAAAGCCAARGUCAGGAAAGCGCUGCAAUUAGAAGUGGAUCGGCUCGAAGAACUGAAAAUGCAAAACAUGAAGAAAGUGAUUGAGGCAAUUCGAAUAGAGCUGGCUCAGUAUUGGGACCAGUGUUUUUAUAGCCAGGAGCAGAGACGAGCUUUUGCCCCUUACUAUGCUGAGGACUACACAGAAAAUCUGCUCCAACUACAUGAUGCUGAGAUUGUGCGGUUAAGAAACUAUUAUGAAGUUCAUAAAGAACUCUUUGAAGGUGUCCAGAAAUGGGAAGAGAGCUGGAAGCUUUUCUUAGAGUUUGAGAGAAAAGCUUCAGAUCCAAGUCGAUUUGUAAACCGAGGAGGAAACCUUCUAAAAGAAGAAAAGCAGCGAGCCAAGCUCCAGAAAACACUCCCUAAGCUGGAAGAAGAGUUGAAGGCACGGAUUGAAAUGUGGGAACAGGAGCAGUCAAAAACAUUUGAGGUGAAUGGGCAGAAAUUCAUGGAGUAUGUGGCAGAACAAUGGGAGAUGCAUCGAUUGGAGAAAGAGAGAGCCAAGCAGGAAAGACAACUAAAGAACAAGAAGCAAACAGAGGCAGAGAUGCUCUAUGGCAGUGCUCCCCGGACACCUAGCAAGCGGCGAGUACUGGCUCCCAACACACCAGGCAAAGUGCGGAAGCUGAACACUACUACCAUGUCCAAUGCUACAGCCAAUAGUAGCAUUAGGCCCGUCUUUGGGGGGACAGUCUACCGCUCCCCUGUGUCUCGACUUCCUCCUUCUGGCAGCAAGCCAGUGGUCAGUUCCACUUGUUCUGGAAAGAAAACACCCCGUGCCGGUAGGCAUGGAGCCAACAAAGAGAAUUUGGAGUUGAAUGGCAGCAUCCUGAGUGGUGGGUACCCUGACUCGACCCCUCUCCAGCACAACUUCAGCAUUAAUUUUGUUGCCAGCACCUAUUCUGAGUUUGCGAAGGAUCCGUCCCACUCUGACAGCUCCACUUUUGGGCUUCAGCGAGAACUUUCAAAGGCUUCCAAAUCUGAAGCUACUUCUCGAAUCCUCAAUUCAACCAAUAUCCACGCCUGA